AUGUUUCCACUAGACCUCACUGCGUCCCCUUACGAGACCAUUAAAUCGGCCCUUGAUCAUCUCUUUUUUUCCGUCCAGCAACUCUGCGAAGAAAUCGACUGGUCUGAGGCAUUUAAGGCCUCCGAACAACACGUUUCUGAGCUCCUUCCGCAAAACUUCGUAGGGCUCUUCAUCUCAUUGGUCAUAAUCGUUCUCGUUGGUCGAUUUGUGGUGGCAACUGUGAAGGGUACUCUCACACUCUUGGUCACUGUUGUGAAGACUUGCCUGAUCGCCUACAUGCUUGCCAUUGUCUUGUACCUGGUUAACAAGAUGAUUGGCUAA